AACUUCCUCUGCCCUACAGAUCAUCCCAGAACGAAUGGACCAUGCCUCAAAAGCCUUCAUGAAGACUCCUCAGAGCAAUCGACGGAGUACUGGGUGAAUAAAGCACAAAAUAUACUUGCCGAGAAGCUGAAGCAAACUUUGCGCCGGAAUACGAAUCGCGCUAAGAAUAUUAUACUCUUUCUCGGCGAUGGCAUGUCUGUGCAGACAACUACCGCCACGCGCGCCUUUCUUGGCGACAGCUCCGAGCAGGUCUAUUUCGAUCGAUUCCCUUACACUGGACUCUCGAAGACUUACGCGGUCGAUAAGCGCGUACCAGACUCCGCCUCGACGGCGACCGCCUACUUGAGUGGCGUGAAGGGAAACUAUGGUACGAUUGGUGUUAAUGCACAAGUGCCGAAGUAUGAUUGCGAUUUAGCAGCCGAUCCGAACACACACACGGAAAGCAUAGCCAAGUGGGCACAAGAUGCUGGCAAGUGGACGGGUCUGGUGACAACUGCGCGUGUUACACACGCUUCA